AUGCCUAAAAAGAAAGAAGAGAAGAAAUCCACUCCCGAACAAACGCCCGAGGAACUCAAGUCGCAACUUGAUGAUUUAAAAUUGCAAUUUAAUUCUGAAAAAACCACUCUCUCUCUUGCGAUACAAACGCUAACUAAAAAAGUAGAGAGGAAAACGGAAGAAUGUCAACGACUGGAACAUAAAAUUGCAGAAUUGAAAUUAAUCAUAGAGGCUAGAAUUCAGGAUAAUAAAGCCAUUUUGGAACAAUUUGAUAUUGAUCGAAGAAAAUCCGAACAAUCUGUUGAAUAUUUGCAAAAAGAAAAUGAUAAUUUAUUACAAAAACUGAGUGAAGUAAAAUAUCACUACGAAUCAACCAUCUCUGAGAUCACUCGAACCAAAGAUAAAGAAAUUAUUGACUUGAAGCAUUUACUGAACACAACAAGGCAUAAUGAAACACAAGUAGAAGAUAUUCAGAAACUGAAAAACGAAUUGGAAGAAGAAAAUUCAUCUUUGAAAAAGCAAAUUCGACGACUGAAAGAUGAACAUUUUGUUGAAAUUAUGCAAAUGAAAAAGAUGUUUGAAGAAGAGUUGAAAUCUCAAGAGCAAAAUUUAAUAGAAGGCUUUACAUCAGAAAAACAAGCAAUCAUCAAAUCUACAGAUGAACAUCUAAGUAAGAAAACACUACAAACCAUGCAGAAAAAUCAACAAUUAAAAGAGAGAAUUGAACAUAGUACACAAGAGGCUGGAAAAAUAAUAUCUGAAAACAAGAGACUAGAAGAAGAAAACAAACAAUUAAGACACGAAACUAAUAUGGAGAAAAUAGGAAUGGAUGAAAUGCAAAAGAAAUUAGCAUCCUAUCUCAAAACAAUUAAAUCUCUCUCACAAAAGAUUAAAGAAAUGGAAGCUCAAAAACACAUUGAUACACCCACACGAGAAAAGUAUAAAAAUUAUACUCUUGAGGAAAUGAAGAAUUUGGCUGAAGAAAAAGAUUUACUAGUUGCGAGUGCUCGAAAGGAAAUUGAAACUCUCAAAGAUCGUUUAGAUUUGUACAAAAAGUCAAUGGCCAAGUAUGAAGCACAAAUUCAAACCGAAGAUGAAAUUGGAAAAUUUAUCAUACAAGUCAUGAAUGAUAUUAAAUUAGGUUAUUGGAAAGAGAAGGGUGAAGAAAUUCGAGAUGCCUACAAUAAGAAAAAAGGAGAUCAAUGGAAACCAGAAAAGGAUGUCAUUCCCAUGAAUUUAACCAAAUUAUCAGUACAAGAGAGAGAAACAUUGUUCAGUUUUUUACUUUCCAAAUUGCACACAUUUGAUCGAAAAAACAUUCGAAAAGAACCUUCUACGAAUGAUUUAUUGUCAAAUCAUCAGAAUAAUAUUACGAGUAGUGGUGGUGCUGGUGCUCGUGUUGGUUCUGGUGGUGGUUCUGCAACAAGUAAUAAUCAUCAUUCAAGGUCUUCACCUUCCCUAUACUCUCCUUCUCAAUCUCCAGUGGUUGUAAAUACUUCUCCAAUCCUUGCAAACAGUGACCAUGGUGCAGGUGGUGGUGUUGCGAGUAGUGAGGAAUUUACUCUUCCUCCCAUUCAUUAUCAUGUGAGUUACAAACAACGACUUGCAGAGUUCAGAAAGAAAACUGAAAAGUAUUAA